AUGUCCAUGUUGCCGUGCCGUGUGUUGUGUCUGUUGGCCAUUGUGUUCUGCUGUGUGGGUGUAAGUGGCACUACUACGGGUACUUCUCAGGAUCAGCAGUUAUCUGCAAAUAAUAAUGUUGCCGCUGCACUGACAAGUGCUACUGGUGGAGUUACAUCAGCAGCAGCAGCAGGAGUAUCAACAGUGGCAAAUGGAAAGAUCUCCGAGAGUGUCAAGGCAGCUCUGCAAGUCGCUAACAAAAUGAUAGAGAGUAUUACAGCAGCACAUACAAAGGCGAAGACUGCUGCAGAGUCUCUUAACAGUGCUAUGCAGAAUAUUACUGAGGCAAAGAGAGAAGCGCAUGACGCGGUUGUGAAAGCAAAGGAAGCGGAAGACGAAGUGGAUAAAAAUGGGGGUAAAAUCUUGGAGGAACUGAACCAAACUCAGAAUAAAAUUACGAAAACAUUGGAAGUCAAGACACCUUCAGUAUCAAAAGGCAGAACAAUUACAAUUAAAGUAGACAAAAGCGAAACAGCAGAGUCUAUUGAAAAUAAAAUAUCCGGUGCUGUUGAUAGCCUAUUAUCUGUGAGUGGAAAAGUGAAUGCAACUGCUUCUCUACUUGAAACGGCAGUAACUGUUGUGACUGAGCUGCAGACGAAUGCUGCUGCUGUGUUGGAGGAGGCCAAUAAGGUCGUGAGUGCAGCGCAGAGUGUGGAGACCACAACACACAGCGCAUCGGAAACCGCAAAGAAGACACACACAGCAGCCACAGAGGCAGUGCAGAAGGCAACAGAGAUGCAAAAGAAGGUCAGGGAAGCAAAUGAGAAGGCUACUAAAGCAGUGGAACUCGCAACGACAGCAUUCAAUGCAGUAACGAAAGCAAGAGAUAACUUUAACGCAGAGGCUGAAAAUGCAACGAAAACAUUGGAGACAUCUUCAUCUGAAGGUCCGAGUCCUCCACAGCAAACAGCGUCUGCCAUUAUCGCUUUUGUUGCCUCAUCAGAUCCGACGCCGGUACAGGAAAGCACUGAAGUAACAAAUAUGACGUUACGUGUCUCUUUGAUUAAGACACUCGCUGAAGGAAUGUAUACAAACCUGACGGAAGUGGUACCCCCCACACGUGAGGCGCAGGAAGCGGCGAAAGAAUUAAGUGAUGCCCUCAAUGCGGCGAAGGAAUCAGUAAGUGUGACGGUAAUUUCCCUCAAUGCUCUUGAAGAGGCGGCUUUGUCUGCCGAGAAGGUGGAAGAGGAAAAAGCAACGGCACUAAAAAAUAAGGAAAAUGGAACCACUGUUGCUUCUACCAGUAAGGACGGCGGUAGCAGCCCUGCGUUACUGCGUGUUCCACUCCUGCUGCUGCUGCUGCUCUCUGUGCUGGGCUGCAUGGCCGUGUGCUGA